CUCUGACUACUCCUACACCAUUUUUUGCCUAAAUACGCUACUCUCCUAGCUAAUCCACUUGUUUUGCUAAAAUGCGCCCACCUCCUAUGACUCUCCUCAGAAUUCCUCUUCUUCUCUCCCUUUUAAAUAUCUUACCCAAUUUCUUCUUCCCAUCCUCUCGCUGGCUUGAACCCUUGAGAAUAUGGGAAUUGUGUCAUGUCCUUUUGCCUGCAAUUCGUAUAACGAAUCACAAUCUCCGUCUAAUCACCUUCAUUCAGAUUCCAUCUCUCUCUCUUCUCAGCCCAGCUUACCGUCCGUCCCUUCCCUCACCUCACAAUUAUCCUUCCACCAUCACCACCGCCUACAACAUCAUCAGCAGCAGGAACUAUCUUCAACUACCCACUGUCAAUGCAUCUCCACCCUCAAAGGCCAUUCCUCUUACGUUUUCUCCCUCGUCCUCGCCGGGAAGUUCCUUUGCAGCGGCUCCUCUGACGAAGAGAUCCGAGUCUGGCCACGGUACUCACCCAUAGCAGCAGCUGACGCUGAUGCCCAAGAACCGUCUCUGACCAACAACGUGGUUUCUGUCGGCAAGGGCGCAGUUAAGUCUCUUGUGGUCUCCGGCGAUCAAUUAUUCAGCGCCCACCAGGACCACAAGAUCCGUGUAUGGAGAAUUUAUAACGAGGAGACCCACCAAGGCAAGUACAGGUACAGGCGGUUGGCCACGCUUCCCACCCUCAGUGACCGCGUUAUGCGAUUCCUCCCACCUAAGAACCAUGUUCAAGUGCGGCGGCACAAAAGAUGCACCUGGGUUCAUCACGUCGACACCAUUUCAGCACUCGCUCUAUCUAGAGAUGGCUCACGGCUCUACUCCGUUUCAUGGGAUCGGACGUUGAAAAUUUGGCGAACCUCCGACUUCAAGUGUUUAGAGUCGGUAGGGAGCGCGCACGACGACGCGAUCAAUGCGUUGGCCUUGUCCAAUGAUGGGUUCGUCUUCACUGGAUCGGCCGACAAGAAAAUUAAGGUGUGGAGUAAGUUACCAGCCGACAAGAAGCACUCGUUGGUGGCAACACUGGAGAAACAUCAGUCCGCCGUUAAUGCAUUAGCACUCAGUACUGACGGGUCUGUGUUGUAUUCCGGUGCAUGUGAUCGAUCAAUCAUAGUGUGGGAGAAAGAGAACGGCGGUGGCGCCGAUGGUGGUGGCGGAGGUCAAAUGGUGGUUGUGGGUGCGCUCAGGGGACACACCAAGGCAAUUCUGUGCUUGGCGGUGGUGUCAGAUUUGGUAUGCAGCGGUUCGGCUGAUAAAACGGUUAGGAUAUGGAGGAGGGGUGUUGAGAAAAGCUACAGCUGCUUGGCUGUGCUGGAAGGACACAGAGGACCAAUCAAGUGCUUGACGGCAUCUACAGCUGCUUAUGUUAACACUACCAAUUCUUCUGUUACUUGUUAUCAGCUUUACAGUGGCAGUUUAGACUGUGAUAUCAAGGUCUGGCAGCUUUUGGUUCCCCUUCUCUAGUCUGUAUCAAUUUUUAAUUAUUCUUCUGCCUUGAGCCAUCUGUAAAAAAGAGGUUGAGUGAGUGAAUAGAGCGAGGUUUUUCUCGGCUUUUAACUCAUCAACAUUUCGUGUGCUUGGGAUUUGAAAUUCGUACUCUCCUCAUUCCUCAACCUUAAUUUGGUGGUUUUAAAGGGUUUAA